UUGAACCUGAAGUUCCAGAAACAGUGGGAGUCUUGAUUCAAAGAGCAAGACAAUAUGUUAGUUUGUUAGUUUAGUUUUUCUUUUAUUAUUAUUAUUAUUUGAAUGACUAUUGUGUAGUUAUUCAAAUAUUCAAAUCGGUUCUUUGGAUUCCUCCUUAUUGUUAUAAUCAUUUUUAUAAGUAAGAAUUAAACUGACAAACCCUCUGGGAACAACAGUAGGUGAUGGCGCAGUGGCAGGAGCUGCUGCGGCUGGACUUCGCGCUGCAGAGCUCGGUCAGUCAGCUGUAUGAGGGCAAGUUUCCCCGGGAGAUCCGCCACUGGCUGAGCGCCUGCAUCGAGAGCCAGGACUGGGACUCAGCAGCCGUGGAUGAGAGCAAAGCUGUCAUGUGCCUACAUGCUCUCCUGAAGCAUUCGGAGGAACAGUGGAACAUCUUGCUUAAAGGGAAAAUCCUCCUGCAAGGACCAGAUUUUUUAUGGAUGAAUAACUACCUGCUGAUGCAUUUUCAAAAUGAGCCAUUGAAGAUGGCUAUGAUUCUUUCUGAAUGCUUAAAAGAGGAAAGGAAAAUUCUGGCAUCAGCCAAUUCAACAGAGGGUUGUAGUAAUCCAGGAAUGCAGCUAAAGUGGAAAGAGCUGGAUAACCAGAUAACUGACCUGAAACAAAGAGUCUUGGAAGUAAAGAAACAAACAAAGAUCCUGGAGAGCCUGAAUGAAAAGCUUGACUUCAUACAAAAGACAUGGCCAAGUAAAGUUGAGCAGAACACAGGACUGGCUCAGUCUAGGGCUGUGGUGGAGCAGGAAUGUGUGAAGCAGACUGCCAUUAUACAUCAGAGAAAGCAGUUUGUGCUGGAACAGCUUGUAAGCAUUUUAAACCAGACUUCUAAAAUAGAGGAAACGCUCCUCGAAGAAGAGCUGCCUGAGUGGAAGCGUAGGAAUCAGCUUGCAUGCAUUGGAUGUCCGACUGACACCUCCCUGGAGCUUCUGCAGAAUUGGUUUACGAAUGUUGCUGAGGUCCUCCUCAGAGUCCGUGAGCUGCUACAAAAACUGCAGGAGCAGAGCAACACAUACAGCAACAAUGACACCUCCAGCUUCUCUGCUUCAGUUGCAGAGAUCGAGAAAUUUACUCUGCUGCUGAUAACGAGACUUAUCGAAAAUGCUCUGGUGGUUGAGAGACAGCCUUUCAUGCAGAAUUUAACACCUCGUCCCCUGAUCCUGAAGCUUGGGGUGCGCUUCACAGUGACAGUUAGAUUCUUGGCCAACCUACCUGACUUUAAAUUCCUGCUUAAAGUCAAACCAGGAUUUUCCAGGGAUGUUGAAGAACCCAACACAACAAAUGGGUCCCGUCUUUUUGAGUUCACCAGGGACGACAGUAAAGUGCUAGAUGUAGACACUCCAGGUGGAGGAUUAAUGGCAGAAUUUGCUCACAUGUCUCUCAAAGAAAAAAAAUCAAAGUCUAAAGGCACAAAUGAGAGUUAUCUGGGAGUCACAGAAGACCUCCACAUCAUUCGUUUUGAGACGGUGUUGCAUCACAACGGACAGACCUAUAACAUUAACACCACCUCCCUUCCUGUGGUCGUCAUCACCAGCAGCAGUCAGGUUCCCAGUGCCUGGGCUUCCAUCAUGUGGUGGAACAUGCUUUGCACCAGUAAAUCUAUGAACCUGUCCCUGUUCCUUGAACCUCCACCUCUGUCCUGGCAGCAUCUCUCACAGCUCCUCAGCUGGCAGUUUCUGUCUGUUGCCCAACGAGGACUCGAUGAGGACCAACUCUCCAUGCUGAAAGAAAAACUAGUGGAUAAUCCUGAUGACCUUGUUCACUGGGGCAAGUUCUCCAAGAAUGAAAGUGCCUGGAUUUGGAUUGAUGCAAUUCUAAGUUUAAUCAAAAAACACCUGGCUGAUCUUUGGCGGGACGGGCACAUCAUGGGAUUCGUAAGCAGGCGAAGAACCAAGCUCCUGCUGCAGGGUAAACCCAAUGGAACAUUCCUGAUUCGUUUCAGUGAGAGUGUGAAGAAUGGAGCCAUCACUUUCAGCUGGGUGGAUAGCUCCACUGGAGAAGCCCACGUUCAUUCAGUUGAGCCCUACACCAGGCAGGAGCUUUCACUCUUGUCUCUGCCUCAUGUCAUUACCCGUUACAGUCUGACAGCGCGCGGAAAGACAAGUAACCCUCUAAUCUAUCUUUACCCCGACAUCCCCAAAGACCAGGUGUUUGGAAAAUACUCCAAGGAAUCCGAACCAGGGGCUCCUAAGAUAAAUAUGAAAGAAUACGUCCAGAGAAUACUCACCGUUACUUCAGAUGAAACAACACCCCCUCCUUCUCCACCAAAUGGGAUGUCCGACAUGGAUUUUGACAUUCCCAAUCUUGAUGCUGGUCAGGAGGAAAUCUUGAAUGAUUUACUCGGCAUUUCUGAAUCUGACGCCGUCUUCUUUCCGUAUGGAGGAAUUCCCUACAUGGAUAUGUUCAUGUCUUAAAAUAUUACAGCUUAUAUAAACAUGCCAUAAUCUUCCUUUUACCACCUUGUGUGCUAUAAUUGGCCAUAGAAUCAAAAACAGAUUACGGUACACUGAGAAUCCUUAUCUGUUAAGCACAAAUCUCUGCGUAAUUUGUGAAUACCAUUGCUUUAUCACAGUUUUUAAGGAGACAAAUAUUACAAAAUCUUCUUAAUAUUUAGAAAUGUUAUUUGGAUUUUUAUGUUAUUCAAUGGUUUAAAAUGUAAUGAAAAUCUUGUGUUGGUUUUAAACUUUUCUAACAAUCUUACAAUAAACAAUAAGAAUCUAACAAUAAUAAAAACAAAAUAGUAGAAACAGCCUCUAUUAGCAAUUUUGAGCCUCUAUUAGCAUUAGCAAAACAGCCAUACAAUAUUGCAACAACAAAAAAACUUCAAAAGUAAAACUACAUUAAGAUUAAUGUUGAACACAGCUGUGUUUAAAAGCCAGGGAUGAGAAGUGGAUUUUAAGUGAAGGAUCAAAGCAAGAAAAUGUUACAGCAGCUCUGAUGUGAAGAAGGAAACCGCUAAAUCAUUUAGGAGCAAAAGUCUGGCACAAAGUCUGGAGUUUGAAACUUUUAGAGGAAGCUGGGUAGAAGAUGUUAAAUUUAUUUCUGGAGCUGAUAAUUGUGAUGGAGCCAAACUACUAAAAGCUUUGAAAACAAUUACAAAAACCUUAAGAUGGAUCCCAAAAUUAAAACUACGUGAGUGGAGGGCAGCAAGUAAAGGGGUGAUGAGAUCAUUCAAAACUAAAUUCUCCACAAAUUAGUGGAGUAAAUAUUUAAGUCUAGAAAAAGAAUGUAAAUUUAUUUUCAUUUUUUUGUGAGAACCAUUACAAAACUGAUCAGAAAAAAAUGGUUAUUGUCACUUGUCUUGGCUACCAGAACAUUUUAGACCUUAUUGAGAUUUUGUUUACCAUGUGGUAUGUGUAAAUUAUCCACAUAUUUUAGAUUACGGUACAAAAACAUAGUAAAAUAUAUGAUGUAUUCAUACAUUACAUUAAAAUAAGUGUGCCGCAGUGUUAACACCUCCAGGUGGGUAAAUAUGCUGUAUGCUGUUCAAAGCAAUUUAUAGCAGAACAUGAUACUGUUUCAUCUUUUGUGGGUAAGACCUGAGCUACUUUGAAGUACAUCCAACAAUUCUUUUACAAGAUUGAUUAAACAGCAUUAGUUUAAUUUUCGAAAAAUGUUUUACAUUUUAGUUCACACUUUUAGAACCCUACAUGAUCUGAUUCCCCAUUAUAUCUUUGAGAUUUUAGAAUACCUCGUCAAAUUUACUUGGUGGUCUCCCACACACAUUUUAAAACCUGAAGGGAUCACGUGUUCUAAACAAUAGCUCCCAAAAAAUCUGCUAUACCUUUUGUUUUUUGGUAAUGAACUUACUGAAUUAAAGCUAAAGCUUACAUGCAACUAGACAGGUUGCUUUUUGUUUGAUAUCAGCAACACUGAAAAAAGAACAUUGUCUAUGUUGUGAAAUAUUUGUAAUAUGCUGUAAUACGCAAACUCUACAUCACAAGUGUAUUCUUUGUAUUAAAAGAACUUAUUUAAACUUU